AUGUUGUUUACCCUUCGGAGAUUUUUCGCCAUGGUGGUGAUGCUUAUGGCACUCACGUUCUCACCAACCACUGCACUUCCCAACAUUCGAGUGUUACCUUUGGGCGAUUCCAUCACCAAGGGAACAGGCUCAACGGGCAUCGUUGGCUAUCGUCUACCGUUGCGACAAAAGAUUCUUGCACAAGGCGUCAAAGUCAAUAUGGUGGGAACCUUGAAGAACGGCAACAUGGUUGAUGCACACCAUGAAGGGCACAGCGGAAAGCUUAUAUCCGACAUCAACGGUUACUGGCAAGUCCCUAUCAAGGCUCGACCCAAUGUUGUCCUCAUCCACGCCGGCACCAACAACAUGGAUCGAGGAAUUGACCUCGACAUUGGAGCUGAUAUCAUGGCUGAUAUCGUCGACGGUAUCUUCAAAGUCGCUCCAGGCGUGACUAUUCUACUUGCACCAGUCAUUUGGGCCAACGAUGCGAAAAUGCAGGCCAAGACAGAUAAAUUUAACCCGAAACUUCGAGCACUCAUUGCGGCACGACAAAAAGCUGGCAAAAAGAUUCUGGAGGUGCCGAUUGACAUCAAGAAGGCUGAUCUUGCUGAUUCGAAACAUCCCAAUGACACAGGUUAUGAGAAGAUGGCGAAUGCUUGGUUGAAGGGGAUUCUUGAAGCUGAUAAGAAGGGUUGGUUGAAGGCGCCUAUCCCGAUGAAAGAGAGUGAUGCACCAGGAACUGGGCUGGGUGCAUGA